AUGCAUGCUCAUGACCCUAUCUGUGUCUGUAACAUACAAGCCAUGGAGUCAGAAACAGAGGAUCAGGAGAUCAUUGUCAUGGGAGCUUGGUCAGUCUCUGAGUACUGCCACUCCUCUGAAGACGUUUACAUCUCAGAGUCCCGGGAUGGAUCCUACAAUGAAGAAAGGAAGAGUGAUACAGAGCUCCCCAGCCCUGAACCUUACACCAAGAAAGCCAUGGUGGAACAUCAGAAACCACCCUCCAACUACAGCCCGGAAGAAUGUAGUCCGGUCAGGGGGGGACGGCAGGAGGCUGGGCUCUGGGACCGGGGCCAGGGGGAAUGGGAUGGGCAACCCAGGGGGGACGGCAGGAGGCUGGGCUCUGGGACCGGGGCCAGGGGGAAUGGGAGUGUUGAGUCUCCGGAAGAAGGAGGGCACAGCGAAACACCUCCUGCUUAUCUAUCCUUUGGAAUUUCAGCGCAGGGUGCUGAGCAGGCAGAGGAGUGGGACUCUGCGUCUGAGAGAGAUCUCCCCAGUCCCAGCAGACACAGGGUGAGGCACGCACGGCCCAGACAGAGCAAGAGCCAGUCAGACAAGCAGGUGAAUGAAGCCAAUUCUAAAUGUAAAAGCAUUGCUUUGCUGUUGACCGAUGCACCAAAUCCCAGAAACAGAGGGGUGUUGAUGUUCAAGAAGCAGCGGCAAAGGGUUAAGAAUUAUACACUUGUCAGCUACAGGACAGGUCAGCACCAGUUUGACGACAAAAACGGCGAAGACAUAGAAAGUGAAGACGGCAAAACGGUCAGGUUUACUUUGACCACUAAAGAUUAUUCAGAACUUGAAGAAGACUACUCAAUGACUGUACAAGAACGAGACGUCAAUUUAAACUAGGAGAACCUUGGAAUAGCCAACAUAUUUCAGCACCUGGAAGAGAUGGAGCGACUGCCAGAGACAAGAGGCAAGGGCGUGGCAAUGUUUGCGCAGCGCCGCCAGAGGAUGGAUGAGAUUGCCUUAGAGCACGAGGAAAUGAGGUGCAAAGGCUUACCAGGCGAAGGUAUUGUAGAGCUUGAAGACACAGAACUGCACAAGUCUUACAAAAUGGAUGAAACUUACGUGCAAUCCAAUCAUGCUCAUGGCAAUCAACAACUGCAGUGCAAAGAAAACCAACAGGAGGUGCAACAAUGUACUCACAUGAUGAACAGAAUGCCCAACCACCUAUCUAGUGCCAUACCAAAGCCUCUUGUGCCCAACAGAACAGCGAAGCCCUUCCUGGGAUCCCAAAACAGAGUGCCUAUCCCAUUCUCUCCUCUUAGUGGUGUCACUAGUCCAGUGAAGCAUCAUGAACUCAAAUUCAAGGUAUCAGUCCCUACACACACAGUUCCACAGGUCUGGUCCCCAACUGGGGACUUCAUAGCGUCGCGUGAUGAACGCAUAUCUGUACCAGCAAUCAAGACUGGCAUCCUACUAGACUCAAAAAGAAGAGGUGCUAAUAGAGCAUCCUCUGAUCAAGCAUCCAAUGCCUAUAUUCAAAACAGAGGGGAAAGAAGAUCAUACAUUGAGUCAGGAGAAGAGGAAGACUACUUUAGUCUUGGUGCUGAGGCAUGCAACUUUAUGCAACCCCGAAAAGUCAAGCACAAGUAUCCCCCACCUGUUGCACCAAAGCCUAGCAUCAACCCAGCCUGUCCACCAUGGCUGAAGGAGAGUUCUUCAAAUGUGCUACUUCACCCGGGUCCAAUCCCAGCAUCUUUCCCAAGUCCAGUGGGGGCUCCUCCUCAGCAAUACUUCAAACAACAAGACUGGCUUUUGCCUCAGCAAAUGGUGAACCCCCGUGAACCACCCCAAACUCAGGCACGACCGCAGCCACCAAUGAGCACCGGGGCACCAGCCAACUCAACAUCACCCUCUCAACUUCAGCCAACCAUGAAUAGCUGGAGUCCACAACCAUCGCGGUCCCCAGUGAGGUUUCAGGCCCCAAACCCAAAUCACACGGCACCUCGCCAACUCACAGUCUCAAAGAAUAAGUCCCCAAAUCCUUCGGUGGAAUCUUGCCCACCUCAACAAGAGAUCACUUACAGCCACGCAGCCAAGGCACCGUCUACAUCUCCAAUGGGUCACAUCUCUGAGGGCCAUGUUAGUCCAGCCAUAAAUGGUCCAACUCUGAGGGGAAGAGGUGCCGAACUCUUUGCCACGAGGAAGACCCGUAUGGAGAAAUAUGUGGUGGACGCCGAAACAGUUCAGGCCAACAAAGCAAAGUCUCCUUCCCCCACCACCUCCCUUCCAGGUGCUUGGAGAUACUCAUCGAACGUUCGAGCCCCAUCUCCUUUGUCAUACAAUCCCCGUCAUGCUCCUUGCUAUCCCCCUGCAGGAGCUAAGCAGCCACCUUCAACAAGUCCAAAAAUCAAGCCAAAGACCAAGGCGAAAACAAAACCACCACCCCACAAGCACAUGGAUGCCCUAGACGUCUUGAAACAUCAGCCUUACCAGCUGGACUCUUCACUCUUUAGAUAUAACGUAGGCACUGAGGCUGAAGGCCUUAGCCCUAGCCUCAAAAUGGCUCCCAUCCCAACCCCUGAGUCAAACCCACCAUUGAGCCCUAAACCUGCCCCUGUUGUCAGCCCUAGACCUGCCUUUGGCAUUUCUCUUUACCCUGCCCAUGAUCUUCCCCCAGCAAACCAACCAUGCAAGCCCAUAGCUCCUGCUAAGUCUACUAGAUCGGGUCUUUGCAGAAGCUACUCUCUGUCCCUACCCAGACAGUCAUCUAUGUCCCCUGUGAAAACCCCUGUGUUCCAUCCAUCUCUCGGGAGACAGACCUCCUGGCAGGAAAAAGUCACCCUCAAGCCCCCCAGCCCUUGGGAAGCUGCCUCCCGGAGCCCCCUGGGUCUGUUGGACGAUGCCUUCCAAUUACAGAACUUCCCUCAGUCCAUCUCCACUAACGUCAACUCCGCCGCCAACCAACAAUCUCUUCCGGAACCUCCGGACGAACGGAAGCGCAAGGUGUCAUUGGACGCCCCCAGUGUCAGUGUUGGUUACUAUCACUCGCCACCCCCAGCAAUGCAUACUAGGUCUAUGAGUUUGACCUCUGCCCCUGUUUACGGGCCUCCCUUCAGACAGGCCCAGCCUCUGUGGUCAUGGGUGAGUGCUACCGUUGGACAUAUGGGUCGAGGCCCAGGCCACCCGUGUCAGUCCCGCCACGCUACCUUGCCAUGCACAACUAUGAGAAGGUAAUCUCGCACAGCUAUUUGUACAUCCUCAGCUAGAUGACAUAAACAAAAAAACACUGCACUGCAAAAAAAACACUGUAAGAACAAAUGUAGAAAAUGUAAUUGGAUGUACAUAUGUAAUCAAUAGGGUCAGCAUAUUAUAAUUAACAAUUGAAUCAAUGUAGUGUUUCCUUUUUUUAAGAGGGGUAUAGUGUCAUGCACGCAAAAACAGUGUUAAUGUAGUUGUUGCAAUAUUGCAAACGGACGUGGCAGUUUCACCACUGUGGAUUCUAGCUUUAAAGGUUUUCAUUUCUGGAAAAAAAGACGAGGAGACAAGGAGAAAGACGAUUAAGGAGUUGGGCAAACCAAAUUAUGAUCUCCCUAUCUAGCUUGUUGGGGGGCAAAUAGGGGGCAAAUAAUUAGUAUCUCAUUCUCUACUAUAAUUCUGAUCAGUGAAGUGCAUUCACACACAUUUAUAAUAUGUUCUAAUGUAUGUUACAUUGGAUGUUCUGUACCAGAAAAGUUGAAAUUCAAAACAAGUUUUAUGAAUUUGUAUAAAUGGAUACAUGAUAGGCCUAUUAUUUAUUUGCAUGUGUUUUACAUUGAUUUACCUCUAAACGUAAGAAGUGUGCAAGGUGAUGAGUGAGAAAAUUACAGAUGGCCGGGAAAUGAAAGUUAGAUGUGUUGAACCUAUAACUUACAUGUUUUAUUUUCCACAUAGUAUGAAAACUAAAUUGAAAAAUGUAUUGAGUACUGUAACAGUAUGUGAUGUAAACGGUAACAUCUAAAAUACAAAUACAGUGAAUUGCUAGGGUUCCUUGAUGGUUUGUGUAAUAUGCACAACAGCAUGUGUAGCAGGUUAGAUAGCAAGUACCAAGUGCACAUGCUGAUGAAAACAAUCAAUAUUCAUGUUCACGUUCAGACAAUCCCUUAUGUUACUAUGACAAUUAAGGAAACUUAGAAAUGUCUUAAAAUAAUAAUUAAAAUGUCUGAUUUUAUUGCUGAAAUAUAUAAAAUGAACAGUGUUUUUUUUAAAUAUAAUUCAGUCAGUUUGCAAAACAUAGUCACACACCAUAUUCAAGACCACGCCAUUGAAGAGGUUGAAGUUUCUGUGAUUGGUUUGGCACUUCUGUGAAAGGCAUGUGAAAUGUGUUACACUUUCAUAUGGACUGUGAAUGUGUUGAAGAUAUUGUAACUUUUAUCACUUGAUUGUGUUGUUAAUUUGUUGCAGCACUGAAGAUAAAUAUUGCACUCUUCCAAUAAAACGUUCACGUUGUCGAGUA